AUGGAACAUGACACAAUCAGGAACCUCUUUGAUAAACUCACAAAUGUAGUCAACUCAGGAAUGUGGGAUCCAAGUUUACUCAGGAGUAACUUGCCUCUACAGCUUCCAAUGACUGCAGGCAAGAAGCCUCUGAUGUGCAAGACACCCAAAGGUGCAAUUCUGGACAAGAAAAGACUACAAAGACUGGUUGGACUCCCCAGAGGCUGGAGGGAGCAAUUGUGGGUGAGUAUGACUGCCCUCCAAUUCAUAUGGGCACAUAUGGAGAAAGACUUGCCUCUGUUCAAGCUCAUGGAAAGUGGCUGGAAACUUGAGCAUCUGUGUAUGAAGACAUACUUGGCCUGGAGAACAAAACAUCUUGACAACCAUGGCAACUUGAAGAGGACUACAUGCAACACAAUCAAAGGAGAGGCUCUCAACAACCACAAUGACGUCAAAAGCCUCAAUCCUGGCAGUAAGAAGUGCAAGGGACCCACAGACACUUCAUUAAUGCUGUCCAACAAGAAACAAAAAUCCAUGGCAGCCUUGCAGUCCCAGGACCCAUCAGAAUCACCAAAGCUCACAGCACCAGACUCAUCAUCCACAUCCAUGCUGACAUCUGCAUCCACAUCCACAUCCCUCAGUUUGGGAGCUUGUGUAGAGUUGCCAAUACAAGAACCACCUGAAUAUCCUGUCAAGGCUACUUCAGCACAAUUGACCCCCCAGGAUGUGGGCACAGACUUGGCCAACAAGGAAAACAAUCCAAGUGUUGAUAAUGUCAAUAUCCUGACCAUUGCCAAGAGUCCUAUUGUAUAUAAUCCUAUGAGUUUACUUGCAAUGGCUGCAGGGAAGGAAUCUGUGUAUGCUAUGGUGGUUGAAGAAAAUCAACCCCACAGACAGAAGGAAGAUUUCUGCUUGUACUGGGAUAAGACUCUAACACCAGCUGCAUGUGAAAAUUACAACAAUGAAGCCAAAGAGCUUGUUGUGAAGAAUACCUGGACCAAGUCCAUCAUCGAGCAAGGUAUUCUGCAUACCACCUAG